AUGAGGACAUCAUUCUUCCUCGCUCCAUUCCUAUCUUUACUAGGAUUGAUAUCCGCUCGUUCAUCAACCGGCGAUAAAGUGUUAGUAGUUCUCGAACCAAGCGUUCAAAAAGAUGAUUAUUCGAAAUUCUGGAAAUCAUUGAAAGAUCGAGGCUUCGAGCUUACUUUCAAGGAACCUAAAGAUAAAGAUGCGGAAUUAGUGAAAUAUGGAGAAUUAAAUUAUGAUCAUCUAAUAAUGUAUGCCCCUGGAGCGAAAUCAUUCUCACCUUCUUUAUCACCUAAAUCAAUAUUGAAUGCCCAAUUCUCUGGAUUGAACACAUUAUACUUCCUUUCACCAGACUUGACUGAAUCAAACAGAGAGCUGUUACGCGAAUACGAUAUCGAAUUCAUCGAACCUUCUUUAACUUUGUUAGAUGCUUUUAACCAUCCGCCAGAAUCUUCAAUUUCAACAGUCCUUUUACCACCGACUUCAUCCAUCCCAGAUUCCAACGGAGAGAUAAUUUCUGCGUCUACAUCAUCAGGUGGUCCAAUCGUUUACUCGAGUGGGACAGUACACACAACAGGUCAAAAUCCUUUCUUGGUAGAUAUACUCCACGCUACAAAAUCAUCUUACAUAGGAAAAGAUAAAGCAUCAAAAGGAGAAGACAACGAUAAUGCAAGUAAAUCCAAAGAACCUAUAUUGAAUGGUAAAAAAGCAACCCUAGUCAGCGCUCUACAAUCUAGAGAUAAUGUCAGAAUAGGUUUUGUAGGUACUGGUCAAUUAAUAAAGGAUGAUUGGUGGGGUACGGAGGUAGCUACAAAGGAGGGAAAGAGCAUCAAGACCGGAAAUGCAGAUUUCAUUUCUGAUUUCUCUAAAUGGAUCUUCCAAGAAACUGGCGUGGUCAAAAUCAUCGAUUCUACACAUUAUCGAAAAGGUGAAACAGAACCUAGAGAAUUAUACACCAAAAAGGACGAGAUCACCUACUCCCUCACCCUUGCUAAACACUACACCACCUCGAACGGUACCUCCGCUUGGGGACCAUUCGAAGUUGAUGACCUUCAAUUAGAUUUCACGAUGCUUGAUCCUCACGUUAGAACUGCUUUGACUCAAGAUAAAUCUACUUCUGCGGAAAUAGGUACGAAUUACAAAGCCAAAUUCAUAGCUCCUGAUAGACACGGUGUAUUCAAAUUCGUUGUUGGUUAUUGGAGAACUGGCUGGAGUUACAUACAAUCAUCUACUACAGCUUCAGUGGUUCCAUUGAGACACGAUGAGUACCCAAGAUUUAUCACCGGAGCUUGGCCAUACUACAUCGGAGCUUGUAGUACGAGUGUUACAUUCUUGAUCUUCUGCGCUCUUUGGGUUAGUCUAGGUGAAACUGAUAAAGAUAGAAAAGGCAAGAAGAAGGCUGAAUAG